AUGCCGAAGCGUAGGCAAACUAUGACACGGACUCAGGUCACAAAAAACGGUGGUGUCGUGCUUACAGCAGGUAACAAAACGAUGGAGGAGUCCUUAGUCGUCCUGUAUAAUGCUGUCUGGACGGAUAAACCAAGGCCAGUUUUCUUCUGCGAGACAGUUGUUCGCGACGAAAGAGAUUGUGUGUCAGCUGAAGUACCCAAGGAGGUCACAAUUCUGAGUUGGCGGGUUGAUGGAGCUCCACCGUUUGCCUUGGAAGUCGAGUUUGCAACAAAAGCAAUAGUGAUCAGACCUGAAUAUGAAAAAAUACUCAGGGCAGUUUUCCAUAAACUCAGUGCACGUGGAGGCAACGAUUUUGGUUACCAUGCAGUCGAAUUUCCAGAUCAAUUUCCCCCAUUCAACCCAUUUGUAGACUUGAGCGUCAAAAAGGUCGAAGCUACCAAGUCACCCGGUGCUGUUAUCACUGGAACUCCUGGUAUCGGCAAAAGCAUGUUCUUGUUCUAUGUUCUAGCAUUACGCCUCAUUGCACAGAAGACGACUGUCUUGCAUUACGAUGGAGUCCAUUCUAUUGUUUUCCAUGAAAACGGUGUAUUCAAACUCACGGAUAUAAGCCAUGUUCUGAGGGAUCUACCGUGGGACGCUUGGUUCCUGGUCGAUAGCAAUAAGGACGUCAAGGAAGUACCUACACAAUUCAUCAAAGCUUGCAGGACUUCACCUCGAGUCCUGCUUGUUGCAGCAUCACCACGUGGAGAUCGUCUCACGUUUUCGAAGGAUAUGGAUAUCUUAAUUAUGUGGAUGGAUCCAUUUCAUCUCUGGGAGCUUGUCGUCACGAGCGUCUAUCAAUUUACAGUGGCAAAAGCCAGCGAGAAAUGCUUGGAGCGGUUUUUCGACUUGUUUGGACCAAUUGCUCGUGAUGCGUUCAGAUAUGCUCGGGAGAUACACGAAUACGAAGUUGAGAUCAUGCAAGUUAUCAACAACGCGAAGUUAGCCGAUAUUCAAACUGGUGUUGCCCAAGCGACCGCAGGCUACUUUGACAUCGGCUUAAGUCAUAAAGUGCUCAUGGCUUUCCCUGUGGACGAUGGGCGUACCAAUUUUUCUGUUAAAAUUCCAACACAGAAGCUUGCAGAAUUGGUUGUCGGUGCUCUAAUGAGGCACACGGAACAAGAAGCCAGGAGGAUUUGCAGCCUAUUCCUUCUGCACACUAGAACCAGGCCUGUUGCUGGCAGGCUUUUAGAGACACUUGCCCUGUUGACUCUUCCAAAGGGUGGCCAAUGGUCAAUGAUGACGAUGAGGAAGAACCAACCUGGACCAGCCAAUACACAUUGGGUAGUAGACUUUGCAAACCUCCAACCAUGCGUACUUCGUAUUGGGCAUGCAGGCAAUUUCCUGCAGAUUCUUCAGGGAAACCCCGACCCACCUGUAGUGAAUACUUUUCAUCGCACGAAUAGCGAGAGGCUCAAGAUGGGCUCUAAACCAGUGCUGAAGACUGGCUUUUACGUACCAGACGCACAGAACUUGCCUACUAUUGACGCGUAUGCAUAUGAUGAAGCAAAGCGUAAAAUGACCCUCUUCCAAAUCACGUGUGCCGACAAGCACGGACUUAGUCCUGUUGGCUUCGCCUGGAUGGGAGUGGAUUCUGCUGAUCUGGUUGUUGUCACAAGUUUUGAUGGCGGAAACGAUGUAUAUUUGCCAAACAGUUAUUCUAACAAGCUGGAUAACGUUUUCCGCUUGGUGUUGUUUUCGGAUCCGACUCGGAACUUUUUCUGA